UAUUUAAGUAGCCGGUUGGGCGAGGAUAAUUUCAUCGCUAAAAUGGGGUUGACAGAAACUGUGUGUGUUACAGGCGCCAGUGGCUUCAUUGGCUCAUGGGUCGUUCGUUUGCUCUUAGAGCGUGGUUAUACUGUCCAUGGCACGGUUCAGAACCUUGAAAAUUGGAAGGAAACUCAACAUUUGGAGGCAAUGGAAGGGGCGAAAGAAAGGUUGAAAUUGUUUCAGAUGGAUUUGAUGGAUUAUCAAUCAAUUGAAGCGGCCAUUAAUGGCUGCGCUGGUGUUUUUCAUCUGGCAAUGCCCAAUACUAUUGAGGCCGUGCAGGAUCCAGAAAAGCAACUGAUGGACCCUGGGAUCAAAGGUACCCUGAACGUACUGGAAGCAGCCCACAAAGCUAAAGUAAAGCGGCUGGUGCUGACCUCCUCUGUAUCUGCUUUCGUUCCCAACCCAAAGUGGCCUGCUGACACCCCCUUGGAUGAGACAUCCUGGACUGAUAUAGACUACUGCAAACAAAAUGGGAUUUGGUAUCCUGUAGCAAAAACACUGGCUGAAAAGGUAGCUUGGGAAUUUAGCAAAGAGAAAGGGUUGGAUGUAGUUGCCAUCAACCCAGGGACUGCUUUGGGUCCCUUUCUCCCUCCUGAUUUCAAUGCCAGCUUGGCCAUGAUCGUCCGCCUAGUCAAUGGUAACACAGAGGAGUACCGUAAUUUUUAUAUGGGUUGUGUUGAUGUAAGGGACAUUGCAAAAGCCCAAGUACUACUAUAUGAAACACCCUCUGCAUCAGGGCGGCACUUGUGUGUUGAAUCUAUAACACAUUGGAGCGACUUUGCAGAGUUGACAGCGAAACUAUAUCCAGAGUAUAAUGUGCCCAAGUUCACAAAUGUAACUCAGCCAGCUUUUUAUGCUAAAUGCUCUGAUUGCAGGUUCACAAAUGUAACUCAACCAGGGUUGGUACGUGUGAAGAAUGCACCCAAGAAGUUGAUUGAUCUUGGGGUCGAGUUUGCGCCAAUGGAGCAGAUCAUUAUAGAUUCGGUUUCAUCACUGCAAGACAAGGGUUUUCUGAAGUAAUGAAAAUAAUUCCGUAAAUGUAUUUCCUGCCUGUUAGUCUUAUUUUUUUAUAGUUUGUUUCAGUGUUUUCUGAAUGGAGAUUUGCCUUACGUAGUUGGCAAAUGUAAACAACAUUUGAUGUUUUAAGGUUUAUAUAUGACUUGGAUUUCCUUAAA